AUGAGCAGCCAGGGAGGAUUCGGUACGGGGAGCCCCAAGUCCUUCCGCUACCCCCGAGGCGGCGACUUCGAUCUCGAGUCCGGGUCCCCUCGCAAGGGCCGCAAGCCCAAGAACCCUCACCUCGAGACCUCGAUCGUCAUGAGGAUCCGUUACUUCUACGAGGUGCACCCCGUGGCCGUCGCCCUCAUCCUCCUCUCCUUCGGGCUCAGCGUCCUCGUCCUCCUCUCCGUGUACGAGACCCGGUUCAGGGCGAUGAGGAGCGUCGGUGCGUGGUCCAGUGACGGCGGGGAGUACCCAUUUCCAAAGCUCCGGAACCUUGUCAUGGUGGCUGGGCAUUCGAUCUACACGAGCUCGAGAUGCGGGGAGACUGAGAGUGAGAACUCCUGGUUCUUGGAGCCGUACCAGAAGCACCCUGGACAGGCGGCCACCUUCCUGGCUCACAUCAAGGAGGGGGUGGCGAUCGCGGCGAGGGAUGAGGGCGCGCUCCUGUUGUUCAGCGGCGGGGAGACGAGGAGAGAUGCUGGCCCGAGGAGCGAGGCGCAGAGCUAUUGGGCUAUUGCCGAGUCGAAAGGAUGGUUUGGAAAUGAUGAGAGUGUAAGGAGCCGAGCACUCACUGAGGAGCAUGCACGAGAUAGCUUUGAAAACCUCCUAUUUAGUGUGUGCCGUUUCAGAGAGCUCACUGGAAGAUACCCACAAAACAUAACUGUUGUUAGCUAUGAUUUCAAGGAGGAACGGUUUGCUCAAUUGCACAGAACUGCACUCGGAUUCCCAGAAGGCAGAUUCUUCUUCACAGGUACACCAGCUACACCUUCCGCAAGGGAGGCUGCUCUGAAAGGUGAAGCAGCUGUCCGUUCUCAGUUCCUUGAAGACCCAUAUGGAUGUCUAGGAUCUCUUCAUGUAAAGAGGCUGAAGAGGGACCCGUUCCACCGUACCAUUCCAUACCCUGAUGGCUGCCCGGAGCUGAAGGGUCUGUUCUCCUAUUGUGGCCCGGUGCCUUACUCCGGGCACCUCCCUUGGACUGAGUAG